GGGUCGGUGUCAGGGCUAGCGAGCUCGGGCUGCCCGAGGGCGCCGGGAUUCGGGAUGACUUCGUGCAGUUCUAGAUCGCUGUGGCUCCUCAAGAUGUCAGUCUUAAUCACGGGACUUGGCAUUGUUUUGUUUAUGUUCAGAAGUGUGCCCCUUCAAACAAAGCUCAGCAGCCUCAGUCCCUGGUAUCCUGCUCCAGAUGUCCAGACGCUGAAACUUCUACCCGAGGAACGUCUCAGGAACCUCUUCAGCUACGAUGGAAUCUGGCUGUUCCCGAAAAAUCAGUGCAAAUGUGAAGACAGCAAAUGGCGGGGAGGUUACAACUUUCAGGAAGGCUAUGGCCAGAGCGACCUCCCAGCGGUGAAAGCGAGGAGACAGGCUGAGUUUGAACACUUUCAGAGGAGAGAAGGGCUGCCCCGCCCACCGCCCCUGCUGGCUCCGCCCAACCUCCCCUUUGGGUACCCAGUCCACGGAGUGGAGGUGAUGCCCCUGCACACAAUUCCCAUCCCAGGUCUCCAGUUUGACGGACCAGAUGCCCCCACCUACAAGGUCACCCUGACAGCUUCUCUGGGGACACUGAACACCCUCGCUGACAUCCCAGACAAUGUGGUGCAGGGCAGAGGCCAGAAGCAGCUGACCAUUUCGACCAGUGACCGGAAGCUUUUGAAGUUCAUCCUCCAACAUGUGACAUACACCAGCACGGUGUACCAGCACCAUGGGGUGGACAUGGUGAGUCUGGAAUCCAAUUCCUCAGUGGCCAAGUUUCCAGUGACCAUUCGCCAUCCUGUCAUACCCAAGUUAUAUGACCCUGGACCAGAAAGGCAGCUCAGAAACCUGGUGACCAUUGCCACCAAGACUUUCCUCCGGCCCCACAAGUUCAAGAUCAUGUUACAGAGUAUUCGAGAGUUUUACCCAGACCUGACCGUGAUUGUGGCUGAUGACAGCAAUAAGCCCCUGAAAAUUGAAGAUGACCACGUGGAGUAUUACACCAUGCCCUUUGGGAAGGGUUGGUUUGCUGGUAGGAACCUGGCCAUAUCUCAGGUCACCACCAAAUACGUUCUGUGGGUAGACGAUGACUUUCUUUUCAACAGUAAGACCAAGAUUGAGGUGCUGGUGGAUGUCCUGGAGAAAACCGAAUUGGAUGUGGUAGGCGGCAGUGUGCUGGGAAACACGUUCCAGUUCAAGCUGUUGCUCGAACAGGGUGAGAGUGGAGACUGUCUGCACAGGAGGUGGGGAUCUUUUCAGCCCCUGGAUGGCUUCCCCAGCUGCGUGGUGACCAGUGGCGUUGUCAACUUCUUCCUGGCCCACACAGAGCAACUCAGAAGAGUUGGCUUCGAUCCCCGCCUGCAGCGAGUGGCUCACUCAGAGUUCUUUAUUGAUGGGCUAGGGAGCCUGCUUGUGGGGUCAUGCCCAGAAGUGAUUAUAGGUCACCAGUCCCAGACUCCACUGAAGGACCUAGAGCUGGCUUCCCUGGAGAAGAGCUACAGCACGUACCGGGCCAACACCAAUGCUCAGAUCCAGUUCAAGCUGGCUCUCCACUACUUCAAGAACCAUCUCCAGUGCUCCACAUAAAGCUGGCCAGCAUGGGGAUCCGAACUGGUGAUUUUGGUGUUAUAAGGCUG